UCUAGUACUAAUCGGUAAAGUCAGCAUGUGGCCCCAGUGGGUGGCGACACACGCUGGAUUCUGACACGCGACAGACGCAGAGCGAACCCCAUCGUGGAAGAAGAGACAGAGUCUCCUCUCCUGCUUGCGUUGGCUUUCUCUAGAAGGGGAGAAGGAUCAGUCCAUCGAUCUCGGAAGAUGAGCGAAGAAGGAGAAGGGAAGAGCCGAGGAAUCGACACUGAUCCUCAGCACCAGCACCACUACGGAACGUUUCAAGGCGUUCCGUCCUACCCUCAGCCCGCGAUCGGAUUCCCUCAGCCGAUUCCUCCGCCCGGAGCUGUCGCUCCUGGUCCUCCUUACUAUCACCAUUCCCAUGGCUAUCAAGCUGUUCCAGUUGUUGAAGGAAGACCUGUAAGAGAAGCCCGCCUUCCCUGCUGCGGUAUUGGUCUCGGCUGGUUUCUGUUCAUCAUUGGUUUCUUUCUUGCUGCUAUACCGUGGUACGCUGGGGCUUUCAUUCUCCUAUGUAGCCGAGUGGAUUACAGAGAGAAACCAGGGUAUGCUGCAUGCACAAUUGCUGCUGUUCUUGCUGCAAUUGCUAUUAUUCUUGGGGUGACCAAGGGGACUCAUACCUGGUGACUGGUGGAAGCAGGUUGUGGAGUACCGAGGAUUUAUGAAGUGCACAUGCACUCUUCGAAGUCCAGAAAAUAGCCAGGUUACUUAAUUCAAAAUGGCCGGACGUGGUUUUCAUAUUUUGCGUGGAAGUCGUCCCUGAAACUCAUUGGGUAUUUGUGUAUGUUUUCUUGUAUGUUUCUUUCUCUGUUUUUUCCUUCCCUCUCUCCACUUUGCCAACCGUGCCAUGUCGUGUGUAUUUGUAUAUCUAUAUUUUCUUGUAUGAAACUUUAUCUUGUAUUCUCUCACCCAAUGUAUAUGUAACAUAUUGCAAAACAUUAUAUCUAGAAAAGAAUGUCUAUAUAGUUUAAUGUCGAUCA